AUGGUUCGAGACAGAGACGGCGACGAAUCCUCGUCUGCCAGCCAAUCAAAACGCCCUGCCCUCAAUCAUCAGGAGAGCGACUCGACCAACAGCGACAACGCCGUCAGAGAACAUCAUCAUCAGCACCGCUCCAAGCCUCAGAAGCACGUUGUUGGUGCCGGUCGCUUGCAUGCACGCGUCCCAUCCUCCAAAGCAUUACACAAACAUCAUGGAUCAACCGCCUCCAAGCUGAAUCACCGACGCAUAGCAUCCCCUUCCCCCGAGCGCAAGCCCACCUUCGCAGCCACCCAUCGCCGCGUUCAGUCCGACGCGAAGCUCUCUCGCGACAGCUCUUCCACGAACCUGAGCAAAAAUACCUCUUCAACGAGCCUGCGCCGUAACAAGUCCCACGGCGAAGUGAACAAGAAGUCCAAGUCUUCCGACAAGCUAAAGAGGACCAACUCGAACCCCGCCGUCAACAAGGUCAAGCCGCAAAAGUCGCAGGUACACUUCGACUUGGGUAACGACGGCCAGGACGACGAAUGGGUGGACGCCAGCACAUCUGCCUCACCAUACCUGUCGAGAAGAGGCUCCCUGGCCAGCGCCCAAUCCUCAGCGAAGCCCGACGACGGCAGUGCAAACAACAGCGCGAAUAACAGCGCAUACAAUUCUAGAACCGAAACUCCCGCAGCGCAACCGUCCCCUCCUGCCUCGUCCACCCCCGAUCGCGAGACCGUUCAACACAAAGAAUACUUGACAUCGAGGUUGCUCCAGCGCACCCCCUCGCACGGCGCACCGCCCAAGAUGACUGCAGACACCGUUUCCGUCUCGCGCCGGGGUCAAUCUCAGUCCCCCGACUCCAUCAGCCGCGUUUCCACCCUCGCCGACUCGCACAAUAUCAACACUCUGCCAGGAACAAGCUCCGGCGAUGAACUGAUUUCCAGAUUUGUUGGCGCUGGAAGCUCCGGUGCAGCUCGCGAAGGGUCGUUCUACAACCUUCAGAGGAGACCAGACAGUCGAAGGUCCGAGGACAUCCCGCAGCAAAGGCCACAGUCUUCCGCGAGCUCUGGGCGACCGUCGCGACGAGAAUCCGGAUUGUCAGAUGAUGAGGAUGGCACUGCGCUUGCUCCGCGAUCGGCCAGACGGUCCGCCCCCCCGGCCGAGAAAUCACGAACUCAACAAAAGCUUAACUUGCAGCGAGCGAGCUCAGUGAUCGAACCGGGACAGGCUGUUGGAGGUGGUGUUGGUGCAGUAGGCGCAAGCCCGCUGGUGGGGAUCGGAGGCCCGGGUUACGAUGGCGGCGCGAGCCGCGACCCACGUGUAGCGAAGCAGCUGGAGAAGACGGGGAUGGAGUACCUCAGUGUUCGCCGGUUCCAGAACCCCGUCGCGCGAUCUUUAGAUCGCUUAGCGCAGGCCAAUCGCCAGAACAAGAACCAGCGCAUACCUCGCAAUGGCACUGCCAGUCUCAAUGGAAAGGCGGCGUCGAUGCGGAGUGGCAUUGUGUCGGGCCAGCACACGCGAGCUUCCAGCAUCAACGAGAGCAGUGCCGCCGCUGCGAGAAGGCCAAUGACACCCCGCGCCCAGUCAAUCAGGACGAAUGGUGCCGGAUCAAGCUUCGAGGCCGAUGUUGACGACCACCAGAGCAGCCGGGCUCUACACGAGGGAGCCGGAACUCAAGGACUUAGUGGAUCCAGUCUUGUUGGCGGAGAGGAAGAUGAGGGUGUAACGGCCAUUCUGCGGAACCUCUGGGAGAAGAGCCUAGACCUCAGUGCCAGCCAGGACUAG